AUGAAGCCCUUACCCACAGUUGUCACUGCCUAUGAUUACCUUCUUCAACAGGAACAGAAAAUCAAGACAGAAGGGAGCAUUGGAAAGCAGAAGUCUGGUCAAUCUGUGGCACUAGCUGUGGGAUCAGGAAAUUCCAGUGGAUCAAAUGACACACCACCUAGAAGCUAUGAUCGACCUGAAGGAGAUGGUGAAAGACCAGGUGGUCUCUUUUGCAAUUACUGCAAAAAGACUAACCAUGUCAUCAAAGACUGUUGGAGAUUGAAGAAAAAGAGACAGGACAAAGAAGGAAUGCCAAGGAAUCGAUUUGCUGGAUCAGUUGGUCAAGGGUCUGGGAGUGAGGAAGGACAGGACAGUGAAGGAAGACUCCAAGUUGAGACAUCAAGCCUCCACCAGAAUUCAGGAGGAUUCACAGUUGAAGAGAUGAACAGGCUUAGAGGAUUACUACAAUCCUCUACUUCCACUUCACCAACCUCACCUCAGAGUCCUGUGAUCAACCACAGAUCACACUCAGUGACAAAUUACCUGCCAAAGUUUCCCAGUCAUGCAGAUGAUUGGUUUGGCGACAGAAAGUAG